CCCGCCCCGCUUCCAUCCGCCCCGCCCCCUCGCGGCGCCCUCGCGCCUCGCGGGCCCGGGAGUUGCCCGGGCGACGGACGCGGCGUGUGGGCGCCGGCGGCAGGGAGCGCGCCGGGCGGCGGGUGCGUCAGCGCUCGGAUGGAGGACGAGGAGUCUGAGGAGGCGGGCGAGUCCCUGGAGGCCACGCUCGAACGGUUCAAGGCCCUCCCCAGAUAUAACAUUUCUGAUGACUUGAAGGUGGGCUUUUUCAACACAGACCAUGCGACACAAACAGACUACAGUGAAAUUUUGCCGGUGAAAGAAUUAAGUUCGUCUACGCAGGAGUUAGCGCAGAUGGUCAGAUCCAUCCAGAUGGACUUCGGCUUCCUCAGACAGCUGCUGCAGUUGAGGUUUGAGGACCAGCUUAAGGAGCAGUCGCUAAACCUCUUCAACACUCUGCACGACAGGAUCCUGGAAGUGGAAAAGCACUACCAGCAGAACGAGGACAACAUGAGGAAGUGCUUCUACCAGCAGCUGGCCGACGCCAUCGCCGUCAUCAGAGGGUCCUACCAGAUGUCCACAACAGCCAGGAACGGAGCAGCCCAAAGCCAGGAGCCAGGACGGAACUCAGCCGACGUCUCCCACGUGGGUGGCAGGGACCCCAGUACUUGGGCCAUCACUGCCCCUCCCAGGGUGUGCGUGAGCAGGCAGCAGAAAUUGGGAAUGAAACUAGGACGCCAGCCCAGGCACUGCAGUGUGGGAUGUGGGGGUCCCAACUGCCAUCUUAACUGCUGUGCCACCCCCACUCCCAUUUAUAUUCUCUGAGUUCCCGCAUGUACUAACUGGAGAUUACGGUAUUCCUGUCUUUAUUUCUCAGAUGUUUGUCUCUUUUUUAUGCUGGUCUGAAGUUGCCAAAUAAUAUUAAAUAGAGUCAGGCUGCUGAUUCUUCCUUCGCUGGUAGUGAACCUGACGAGAAUCCCCAAUUGUUAAGUACAGUCACGGCAUCUGGUGUGAGACAGUCUGUUGGGUCCCUUCGUUGAUGGAGAGCAGGGUGGGAAGAGGGUCUGGCCGGUUAGUCCUCCAGGGUGGGCUGCUGAGUGGAGAUGCAGUUAGCUGAGUGUCCCGGUGCACAGGGCGAACAGGCAGACAUGGCAGGCAUGCCUGGGGCAGGCAAGAGGACACGGCCAGAGACGCCCAGCUCCCACCUCAGAGUGCGUGGCUUCAGGUUCCCAUUUCUGCUUCCUGCUAAUGCGCACCCUGGGAGAUAGCAGGUGGCAGCUCCAGUGCUUGGACCUGGAGUGAGUUCUUAGCUCCCAGUUUAGACCUGGUGCAGCCCUGGUCAUUGUGGGCGUGAACCAGCAGAUGGAACCUCCGUCUCUCUCCCCUCCCCCAGAAUCUCCCUACCUCUCAAAUAAAUCAAGCAAGCAAGUACGUAAAUAAGCAUUUUUUUAAAAUAAAUAAGUUUUAAAAGGGAAUACUUGCCUUUGGGGAAAGCAAAUGUCGCAUUAGUGGGGGCUGGCGUUGUGGCAUAGCAGGUAAAGCCACUGCCUGGGAAGCAGGCAUCCCAGACGGGCACUGGUUUGCGUUCACCUUCUGAUCCAGCUCCCUGCUAAUGGCCUGGGAAAGGCAGCAAAAGGUGGCCCAAGUGCUCAGCCCAAACUGGAGCAUCUCUUCCCUUACCUCUGGCCUUUCUCCCGAGCCCCCUGGGCUCACGUGGUGGUGUCUGAUCUCCCCAUCACCCAGCUGGAAACCUCCAAGUCACAGCUUGUGCUGGACACACUCUACUUGCUUCUUUGAAAGGCAGGCAGACAGAUAGCUUCCAUCUGCUGGUUCACUGCCCAAAUGCCCACAACAGCCUGGUUUGGGCCAGGUCAAAACUGGAAGCCUGAAACUGGGAACUCCAUCCCGAUCACCCACGUGGGCAGCCAAGACCCCACAUCUUGAGCGUGACCUGCUGUCCCCAGGGUGUGUGUGAGCAGGAACUGGGACUUGAGGCCAGGCGCUCCAGUGUGGGAUCCAGGCAUCCCGCGUGGUGGCUUAACUGCUGGGCCACUUGCCUGCCCUUUGGACAGGCCCUAAAGGUGGCCCAGGACCCUGGUCUGGUGUGCGUGAGCCUCACCCCCGUCUCCCUCAGUGAGAGCAGGACAUGGAACUGACCUGCAGGAGAACUGAUAGGCAGCAGGGACACCAAGUCGAGCCUUUGUAUUCAAGGGACCACCGUUGUUUUUUU